AUGACCACUUUAUCCAAUCUAGAAACAUACACUGUUUCGCUCCCUAAAGAUCUUCCACAAACGUUUCAAGAUGCUUUGAACGUGGCCCGUGCAUUGGAAAUCCCCUACAUAUGGAUUGACUCCUUAUGUAUUGUUCAGGAUUCUCCAGAGGACUGGAAGCACGAAGCCUCGCUGAUGGCUCAGGUAUAUGCCAACGCCCAUGUGACCAUUUUUGCCGAUGCCGCACCAGACAGUACAUCCGGCUUCCUGUCGCCACCAUCCCGAAAGGCCCCUCAAAGGUUCGUUGUGCAAUGCAAAAAUGACCAGUCCAGCUCGAGUGGCGUACAUAUCCGAGAGCGUGGGUUCUUAGCCCAGCAACUUCCGUUUCAUUCAUGGAGUAGAAGAAGUGGCUUAGGUCAAAGCAAGCUAUCAACGAGAGGUUGGGUUUUCCAGGAACGCUUACUGUCACCGCGAACCCUCCACUUUUCGCAGAAUGAAAUGGCUUGGGAAUGCAGAUCUGUGUGUGAGUGCGAAUGCUCAGCGACAUCUCUGAGGACUCUCCGCACUACCAGCGUGAUGAAGCAUUUUCUUCAUCCUCAAGAUCCCGAUGUUUCUUCGGCUGAGGCGAAUUGGAGAUCCGAAAUCGUCCCGGCAUACACUGAGCUGGACCUUACCUUUGCGAGUGAUCGACUCCCCGCAAUUCAAGGCCUGGCUAACGCUGCUCAAAGGCUCAGAAGUAAUGAUGAGUAUGUUUCUGGUCUUUGGCGCCAAACAAUGAAGGCAGACCUUUUGUGGCAUAAAAAUGCAGGCGAUGGUAAUAGUCACAGAAUUAAGGAUGGGGGUGCUCCAACUUGGUCGUGGGCAUCCGUCACCGGACCAAUUUACUAUUCAGACAGAAUCACACCCAGUGACUCGAAUUUGCAGAUUCUGGACAUCAUAGCCAGCGAGGAGAAACCUCCGAUGCUGGUUAUCCGUGGCCAUCUCGUCAAUGUGAAACUAGAUGAUCCUUAUAGCGACACAGUGUCUCUGGGCCCCGAUGACAACCUAAGAGUGGAAUGGGAUUGUGGCGGGGGUAAAACCAAGUCAAACAAAGUAUCCCGAUAUUUCUUGGUAUUUGAGGCAGAUGAUGGAGGGCCAUUUGGCCUGUUACUCAAUCUCAACCGAAACGAUCCAACGGAGCAGCAAUUUCGAAGAGUCGGAUAUGUCCACGGGCAUAGCAUCUCAAAGUGGCGUCGCUCGUGGGGUAGUGGUGGUUGGGCGUUUAGUCCGAGCGAGGCGUCUGACACCUCAGGUGGAAUUUGGGAGGAUGCCGGUAAGGAGGGGGCCAGAGAGUGGGUUGAUGAGAUAUUCAAGGGCGAACCUGUAACCUUCAGAUUGAUCUAG